AAAAAUUUUGAAUUCAUUUCUAUGAAUUAAUGCAAUAUUAAUUGUACUUAAUAUAUAUAUAUAUAUAUAUCUUAUAUGUAAAUAAAUAAUUAAUGUUGAUUAUUUUUAAAUUUCAAGAAAAAAUAUUUUUUAAUUUAAUUUAUUUACAAAUAUACGUAUUAAAUUUUUUAAUUUAUAUUUACAUAAAAGAAGGUUAAGAGAAGAAUCAUGUAAGAAUCAUUCGUGUCAAUAUUAACUUAUAACAUGACAUUUAAUAUUUAAUUAAUUUAUAUUAUAAAUUUAAUUAUAAAAUAAAAUAAUAUAUAAAAAAGUACAAUUAUUUAUUUUAAUAACAAUAUAACAAAAUGAUAACUUCACAUUUUUUUUUAAAGGGUAUUAGAACUCGAAUUAUAUUACCAUUUCAAUCAAAUAUUACAUUAACUGUAAUAAGAUUUAAUUCAUCAUCAUCUGAUUCUUCUUCUGAUUCAGAUUCAAAUUCUGAUUCUGAAGAUUCUAAUAAAGAUAGAGAAAAUAAUAAAGUAUUUAAAACUAUAGAAUAUUUACAAAGUGCAAAAGUUGAACAAAAAAAAAGACAAAUAGAAAAAGAAAUAACCAAAGCAGCUCAAAUCUCAACUACCACAUCAACACAAGAUAAAGAAAAAAUUUUUUUAUCUUUGUUAAAUAAAAUUGGCGAUAUACAGAAUGCAGAUAAUACAUUUAUUAAAAGCAAUAUACAUAAAAAUACAAUUGAAAAAAAAGAUAAAAUAUAUUGGGAAAAAGAAAAUAAUAUCAAAAAUUCAAUUGAAAAUAUGAAAUAUCAAUCACAGAAUAAAUUUUUCAACAAAAAAUCUUACAACAAAUUUAAAACAAAAUAUGAUGAUAAUACAACACAAUCAAAUAGAUUAAUUAAUAUGUUACAAACAAAAAGAAUGAUAGAUAUUAAUACUAAAUUUGAAACAAAAAUUGAUAACUUUAAAACAAACAAAUCAUUUAUUAGUAAUAUAAUAAAACAAAAAAAAUUAGAAUCUACAUAUAAAUAUAAAAAAACAAUAGAAAAUAUUGAUGAAAGUGAUGCAGAUGUUAUGAUGUUUAAUAUAAAUAAAUCUAAAAACUCAGAUCCUAAUAUUAAAAAAAUUGUUCCUAAAUUUAAAAUGUGGGAUAUAUGGAAAGAAAAGGAAUUAAAAUUUUCAAUAGAAAAAUAUCCUAAAAACGCAUUUCAAGAAAUGAUUGAAUGGACCAAAGAAGGAAAAUUAUGGAAAUUUCCUAUAAAUAAUGAACAAGGGAUGGAAGAUGAAUAUAAUGUUCAUUUCUCAAAGCAUGUAUUUUUGGAACACCAUUUAGUACCAUGGUGUCCCUCUAAGGGUCCAAUACGACAUUUUAUGGAAUUAGUAUGUGUUGGACUUUCAAAAAAUCCAUAUAUGACAAUUGAAGAAAAAUAUGAUCAUAUAAUGUGGUAUAAAAAUUAUUUUAAAGAUAAGCAAGAUUUAUUACAAAAAUUAGGUAUUGUAGAAUAAAAAAAAAUAUUUGUAAAAAAUAUAUAAAAUGAUUAAUUGUUUUUAAAAAAUAAAAAUUUAAUAAAAUA